AUGUACAACAACAUAACAGCGACGUCGGUGAAAGGCACCGGCCUCAGUGGCUACGUGCAGCGAAGUAAGGCCAUCGUCGGCACCCGAGUCAAUCGUUUUAGCCCCAACAACACCAGCGAGGCGAAACAGCUUCAGGAGGCGACGAUAAACCCUCUGAUGUUAAUGCGGUCGCAAAAAGAAAACCACGAUAUGGCCCUACGACUUCAGCUCCAUAAGGCGAUUCGUGCGGUAAAGCUGAAGGUAUAUUUGUACAAAGAGGAGCAGUUGACUGCUGGGGCCGACGCUUCCACGGUGGAGCGUGAGUGCGAGGAACUGUACCGCGCUUUGAUGGAGGUAGCGAUGGAAAACCAGCGUGAGAUCAAAAAGGCACAUGAAAAGAAGACUGCUAGUCAAUUUGCCGCAGCGUUUGGAGUGAAGGAAUCUACAGGUGCUAUUGGCAGGGACUUUGAUCGUGCUCAACGAGAAGAGAUCAAACAAGCCGCGGAGGAGGAGAGAAGGAAGCAGCUAGAGCACCAACUCGCUGAGCGACUCAAGAAAGUACGACAGGAGAACGAAUGA